AUGGCUUCAGUAACGAAACGAGAAUCUCCCUCAGCACCAGCACAAAGCAAAGGCGCAACGUACAAGCCAGGUAUAUGGCUCUAUUUGGCCUUUGCGACUCUAGGCCUGCUCACUGUCAUGGUGGCAUUGGACGCUACAUCUCUCUCGGUAGCACUGCCAGUAAUUUCUGCAAAGCUCAACGGCAGCGCACUCGAGGCUUUCUGGGCUGCAACGUCUUACUUACUCACUUCUACCGUCUUUCAACCAACCAUUGCAUCCUUCUCCAAUGUCUUCGGGCGAAGAUGGGUCGCAACGGCAGCAGUGACCAUAUUCCUACUCGGUCUUCUCCUUUGUGGACUUGCGCAGAACUUUACGCUCCUGAUAGCCGGCAGAGCGGUUCAAGGAGUUGGCGGUGGUGGCAUCGUUGUACUCACCCAGCUUAUCAUCUGCGAUCUGAUUCCAUUGAGGUUGAGAGGGCAGUGGUUUGGCGUCAUCAGUGGGAUGUAUGCCAUUGGCUCAGUCUCGGGACCGCUGUCAGGAGGCGCGUUUUCGGAAAAGGUGACUUGGCGUUGGAUCUUUUGGAUCAACCUACCCUUCACCGGCAUAGCUCUAGUGAUGAUCCCACUCUUCAUCAAGCUCCGCGCACCUCGCAAUUCCUUUAUCCAAAAGCUCGCCCAAAUCGACUGGAUGGGCUCUGUCAUCUUCAUCGCCUCCACGACCGGCUUCCUGAUCCCGCUAUCCUGGGGCGGCGUAUCGUACCCAUGGAAUUCUUGGCGUACCUACGUCCCUCUCUCCGCGAGCGCUCUCGGCCUGGUCGUACUUUACAUGUACGAAGAAUACGUGGCUACGAAUCCGAUCAUAAGGACUAGCAUCUUCAAGAACCGCAACGCAGCGGCGGCGUACAUCAGCGUCGUGUUACACGGCAUGGUCGUCGCCGGCUCCCUCUACUAUCUACCACUCUAUUACGAAGCAGUCCAAGGCCUCUCACCCAUCCUCUCAGGCGUAGCUCUCUUCCCUGAAACCUUCACCGUGGCCCCAGGCGCCUUCAUAGUCGGCUCCCUGAUCUCCCGCACCGGCCGCUACCGUUGGGCCGUCUGGUCCGGCUGGUCCAUCACGACACUCGGCCUCGGCCUCCUCUACCUCCUCGACGUCCACACCACUACUGUCGAAUGGAUCUUUCUCAACCUAGUCGUCGGCGUCGGUCUCGGCUUCAACUACACCGCCCUUGGCGUGACGCUCCAGGCCGCCACCACCGAAGAAAACAUGUCCUCCGCCGUCGCCAUGUUCACAUUCUCCCGCCUCAUGGGCCAAGCCCUCGGCGUCGUCAUCGGCGGCGUGACGUUCCAGGACCAGAUGCGCACAAAACUGUUAGCGAUACCUUCACUGGCGCCAAUGGCGGACCAGUAUGCGAAUAAUGGGGCGGCACUGGCGCUGCAGAUCAAGACGAUACACAAUAGCGAUGACCGAAACAUGGUCAUUCAAGUGUAUGCGGAUUCACUGAAGACAGUCUGGGCAGUCUUGUGCGGAGCGGCAGGAUUGGCACUGCUGGCGAGUCUGAUGAUCACGGACCUAAGCCUGGAUCGGCAAUUCAUCUCGCCGCAGCAGAUGCACAGCGAGAGCGACGAUGCCGCCCUGCUCGACAACACAGUCGAAGAAGGCGGCAGCGCAAGCAGUCGCACCGCAGCUCAAGAAGAGGACUACGGACUCCCGGAGACGUCGGGCGGAAUGACCGCCCUACCCCACUGGUACGGCACCGACGAUCCCACGCCGCCGCAGCAACAGCAGCAGCCGGAAAUACCCCGAAAAUCGUCCCGGCGCAACUCGCGCUGGCUCAGCGGCUUCACGCUCGCGGAACCGCGCGCCUCGCGCAUGUCUGGCACUGUAGCAGCAGACGACAACGGCGACGACGAAGCCUCAUCUCGCUUCUCACAAGCAUCCGCCGGCCUCGCCAACGACGAUGGUGAGAAUAUAGCAUCAUACCAAUCAUCACGCUAUUCCCGCUCGACCCGACACGACAGCGCACGCCCGCCAUCGCCGCCACCGGCGCAUCAUCACCCCCAUCAUGAUCAGCGGGCUUCGAUAACGGGGCUGCCGUCGAUACCGGACCAGCCGUCGCUGGCCGAGAUGAUGGUAGAUGAUUUCGACGCGGAUUCAGAGCUGCCGACGAUCCUGCCGCAUCAGAGGCAGUCGAGGGUUGUGGUGAGUGAGAGGCCUAGGUCUUGGGCGCCGGUUUAUGGGAUGGGGUAG